GCCUCGGCGGGGCGGUCGCUCCGGAGCCGUAAAGUUUGGCUGUGGCGGCAAAUGGGCUUGGGCGGCUCCUCGGCGGGUGGCGGCGGCGGCCGCGGCGGUUCCUCCCGGCCCUGUUAACGCCGGGGCCAGGCCCGGGGAGGAUGGCGCCCUAGAGCCCGGCCUUGCUGGGGAAGGGGCGGGAGGGCGCGGGGCGGGGACCCGCCAUGUCGGAGGUGACCCGGAGCCUGCUGCAGCGCUGGGGCGCCAGCUUGAGGAGAGGCGCCGACUUCGACUCGUGGGGGCAGCUGGUGGAGGCGAUAGACGAGUAUCAGAUAUUAGCAAGACAUCUACAAAAAGAGGCCCAAUCCCAACACAAUAAUUCCGAAUUCACAGAAGAACAAAAGAAAACCAUAGGCAAAAUUGCAACAUGCUUGGAAUUACGAAGUGCAGCUUUACAGUCUACACAAUCCCAAGAAGAAUUUAAACUGGAGGACCUGAAGAAGCUAGAACCAAUCCUAAAGAAUAUUCUUACAUAUAAUAAAGAAUUCCCAUUUGAUGUUCAGCCUGUCCCAUUAAGAAGAAUUUUAGCACCUGGCGAAGAAGAGAAUUUGGAAUUUGAAGAAGAUGAAGAAGAGGGUGGUGCUGGAGUGGGGUCUCCUGAUUCUUUUCCUGCCAGAGUUCCCGGUACUUUAUUACCAAGGUUGCCGUCAGAACCAGGAAUGACGUUACUCACCAUCAGAAUUGAGAAGAUCGGUCUGAAGGAUGCCGGGCAGUGCAUUGACCCCUACAUCACAGUUAGUGUGAAAGAUCUGAAUGGCAUAGAUCUAACCCCUGUGCAAGAUACUCCUGUGGCUUCAAGAAAAGAAGAUACGUAUGUUCAUUUUAACGUGGACAUCGAGCUCCAGAAGCAUGUUGAGAAAUUAACUAAAGGUGCAGCUAUCUUCUUUGAAUUCAAACACUACAAGCCUAAAAAAAGGUUUACCAGCACCAAGUGUUUUGCUUUCAUGGAGAUGGAUGAGAUUAAACCUGGGCCAAUUGUAAUCGAGCUAUACAAGAAACCCACUGACUUUAAAAGAAAGAAAUUGCAAUUAUUGACCAAGAAACCACUUUAUCUUCAUCUACAUCAGACUUUGCACAAGGAAUGACCCUGACACGUUGAACCUGGAACUUCUGUGAAUCUCCCCCUGGGUAGGAGCCACCCAGCUCGUGCAGCCUGUCCCCUCCCCAGGCAGGACGAGCCGCAGCCCCGCCAGGGCCAGAGGGCGUCUGUCGCGAAGCUGCCCCCACAUCGCUGACGUGCAGGACGCCUUCGGACACAGGUUUAUCGUAGACUUUGAAACAUGUUUUUACUUUUCUAUUAAUUGUGCAAUUAAUAGUCUAUUUUCUAAUUUACCACUACUCCUGCCUUGCUUCCUGGAACAAUACCGUGGUGGGUGGGACGUGCUCAUCUUCAGACUUAACACAGCAAUAAGAAUGUGCUCGAGUUUACACAGCCGUUCACUUCUGCUCCCGUCCGCCCCCUUGGUCUGAGUUCACUUCAAACGGUGGGUUGAUGUGGGUAGAAUAGCGUCAGACUGCUCUGAGAGGAACUGGACCAGUUAUGCUGCCUGAGAAGGUCUGUCUGGAAAGUUGUAGGCUGCUCCUCAGAAGUGGCCUAAAUUCUCCCUGAUCUGAUAGUUUUCCUGCUUAGCAAUAGUGUGCCUUGGCCAGAUCAGUAUUCCACGUGGGAGCGUUCCCCAGGUUGUAGCUGUGACAUUUUCCAGAGGGCCAGAUUGUUUUUCUGAAAAUGAGCAUAUUUUUAGUCAUGUUGAUUAGCUGUACUUGUUCAUCACAUUGUUCUUCUUUCUGAUACUGAUUCCAGGGUUAACAUUGGCGCCAUCUCAAGAUGAUUACAAAUUUAGAUGGAUUUACAGUAUCAUCUUCUAAAUAAUGUAAUCCAGAAAUAAUCGAGUCAGAUGCUAACAAGAUACUGCAGGCGUAACUGCUGUUUUUCUGACAACUGAUUGUGAAACCUAAAACCUGCAUACCUUAUAGUGAUGAGUAUGCAAAAUCUGGAAAGAUACUCUAUUUUUUUUUAUAUAGGUAGAUAGGAUUGCCAUUUAUUUCCUAUUUAGAAUAUAUUGACAUUCAUCCAUAUGAAAAUAUGCAGGUCAUUAGCUUAUUAUAAUUUGACUAUUUACAUUACUUUUGACUUUAUGGGGCAUAAAUAAAACUUUCAUAGUGCACAUGAAGUGGAUAUUUGAUACACAGAACAUUAAAACUUGGGGGGGGCUUUCUGUGGGUUACAUGUAGAACCCCCGUCCUUUAUCACUGUUUUAAAUGAGCAAUGCAUGAGGAGAAUGCAGUGUCUGUACCUGGCCUAUUUUUAAACUAGUGUAACAGCCCUAGUCCUACCAUUCAAUGUUUGCUUUUUAAAAUAAGUAACCACAAUUAAGUUGUUUCAGCCCUUGCAGUUCAGGAGCUCUAGGUCUGCACUUCCCGUUUUCGAGAGGCCCAUUCUGUGUCCCAGAUGGAUGUUAAUAAAUACAUGAGCCUGAAAGAAUUCUCAACCACGUUUAGUCUUGCCUUGCAAUCACUGGAUUGGAUUAAUUCCAAAUUCUGAAAUGAUUCGGUCCGCAGUAGCUCUAGGGGAUGAAGAAUUUGCCUUAAUAAAUUACUUUGUUGUUCACUCACCUCUUAGGACUACAGGUUGUCGAAACCCCAGACUGUAAGCUCCUUGAGGGGCAAGAACCCCAUUUUCUCCACGUCAUGUAAGUUUUCUGAGGUGCCUGGCAGCACUCUGUACCCUGUGGAGUACUCAGUACCUUUUGUUUGAUGUUGCUGACAAGACCUAAAAAGUAAUCCCUUAAAAAACCUAUUAAAAUGUAGCAAAACUGAUAAAUCGUUCUUUUUCUUUUCUCAUAGACCAUAAGACUUGUAUAUCAAAGUGAUAAUUUAUAUGAAGAAGCAUCUGCUGUCCUUCCCAUGAGUAUGGUUUAUAUGAACUACAAAUGCCUUUCGUCAGUAUUAAAGAAGCUUAACUUGCA